AUGUCCGCAGCCUCUUUGAUCUUCCGUUUCCUGGCGUUGUCCCCAUAUGAGGCCAGUCUUUCCGCUGCAUUUCAGUCAAUAGUAUGGCCGGUCAUGGCGAUGUGUUCAGCUAGCUCCAAUCUUUCCGUUUUCUUCGCACAAUUCAACGGACAAAAGUCCAAGACAACAACCCUCCUUCGGUAUCCGGUGCGGCCAAGCUACGAGUCCCUUCCAUCCGUCUUCUCAAACGGAAUGAGAGGCCUGCCAGUAUCCGUCCCUCAAUUAUCAGGCCUGGCCGAACGUCAGAUUUGUCCAUUUGCAAGCCUAUAUCUACGUACUCUCUCCUGCCUCCUGUUAGCUCUUACGCCUCCCCACCUGCUUCGUCGGAGGUGGGCCGAAAAGGGUGGGUCCAGUCCGAGUUGGGCAACCGGUCAAGUAAACGUGUACAUAGCCCAGCCCCAUCGUGACAUUGGCGUGUGGACAAGCAAACAGCUCUGCUACGCCAGACCCCAGCUGUGA